AUUUUGUGUUAGUGUAGAAAAUGAAGUCUUUGACUGUUUACAUAAUUUUUACUACCUCCUGUUUCUUUCAGAUUUGUUGUACGACCAGAAAAGUAUCUUAAGUGCCAACUCCAGGUACUGAAGAAAACAAACAUGGAGGAGGGUCUGUUAUUGCCACGAGACAAAGAUCGAGUUGAGCAAAGAAAAGGGUCGAGUAGUACAAGCAGUCUAACAUGGUUGUCGCUCUUGGAAGAAGUGAAGAGGUUGGGAUGGAUAGCAGGGCCUAUGGUUCUUGUGGUUCUAUCCCAGUACUUGGUGCAGGUCGUUUCAACGAUGAUGGUUGGUCACCUUGGUGAGUUAGCUCUCUCUAGCACUGCCAUUGCCACCUCUCUUGCUACUGUAACUGGCUUUAGUUUCUUGUUGGGAAUGGCAAGUGCACUGGAAACUUUAUGUGGGCAAGCUUAUGGAGCUGAGCAAUAUCAAAAACUUGGAUUUCAAACUUACACUGCUAUAUUUUCCCUCAACUUAGUUUGUCUUCCUCUAUCUGUAAUAUGGUUCUAUAUGGAGGACUUUCUGAUUUUUAUGGGUCAAGAUCAUUCAAUUUCUCGUGAAGCUGGCAAGUUCAUAAUUUGGCUUAUUCCGGCUCUGUUUGCUUAUGCAACUCUUCAACCAUUGUUUAGAUUCUUUCAGACACAAAGUUUAAUACUUCCUAUGCUUCUGAGCUCUUGUGCAACCCUUUUGUUUCAUAUUCCUCUCUGUUGGGUCCUCGUAUUCAAAUCUGGAAUGGAUAACCUUGGAGGAGCAUUGGCAAUGAGUAUUUCGUACUGGUUGAAUGCGAUUUUACUCGGACUAUACAUGAAAUUCUCUUCUACAUGUUCAAAAACUAGAGCUCCAAUUUCUAAGGAGGUAUUCCGAGGAAUUGGAGAGUUCUUUCGUUUUGCAGUCCCUUCUGCAGUCAUGAUAUGCCUUGAGUGGUGGUCAUUUGAGGUGCUUAUCUUGCUGUGUGGGCUUUUACCAAAUCCUGCACUUGAAACUUCAGUGUUGUCUGUAUGUCUGCAGACCAUUUCAACACUCUAUUCAAUACCUUAUGGAUUUGGUGCGGCAGCAAGUACUAGAGUUUCAAAUGAACUAGGAGCUGACAACCCCGAAGGUGCUCGUAUUGCUACUCUUGCUGCCAUGUUUCUUGCAGUCACAGAGACAACUAUAGUGACCACAACCCUCUUUUUCUGCCGACAUGUAUUUGGUUACCUAUUCAGCAAUGAGGAAGAAGUCGUUAAUUAUGUCAGAAUAAUGGCUCCUCUAGUUUGCAUCUCUGUAAUACUAGAUAGCUUCCAAGGGGUCCUUUCAGGUAUUGCAAGAGGAUGUGGGUGGCAGCAUAUAGGGGCUUAUAUAAACCUUGGAGCAUUUUAUCUAUGUGGGAUUCCAGUUGCUGCUACAUUGGGUUUCUUGUUACAACUAAGAGGAAUGGGGCUUUGGAUUGGAAUACAAGUUGGUGCCGCUGUUCAAGUCACUCUGCUUGCUAUUGUAACUUCUUGUACAAACUGGGAAAAGGAGGCAAGUAAGGCAAGAGAGCGAGUCUUUGAGGAAAGCUCUCCAGUUGAUAAUGGAUUGUGCCACUAAGCAGGGCAAUGAGUUUUUCUUAUUAAUGUGUGUUAGCUGAUAUCACUCUUGUGAUCAGCGUGAAUCACUCAUCUCCUCAUCUUCGGAGUGACUUCCUGUAUCUUGAUUGAUUCCUAGAAUUAUGCAGUUCUUAAUUGUAAUCAAUCUAGAAUAUUCUUGUAGUGAUUGUGAUUGAGUGAUUCUGUAAUACAAUGAUUCUAUGGAAAAUCAUUCUUAACAAUGUGGUAUGAAGGUCUGAAGGAGCUAGAAGUACAAAAGUGCAGCAUAACAUGGUGCAUUUGUGUGUAAACUCUAUACAUGGUGUAUCACGCAACAAAUAAUGCAAAUGAAGUACAUAUGAGGGAAAGCUCUCUUAAAGUUGCUGCACCUAGCAGAGAUUUAUGUGCUUUUAAUGAGAUUAGUUCUCAUUAUGUCUUGAGGAGAAACUUUAAUCGAGUUCUUGUGCCUUUCUCUGUUCUUUUUGGCAAGAAAAGUUGUGUUUUUACCCUGUUGUACC